CGGAGCUGGGUUAUUGUGGAAUCUGAAAGAAGGGGAGCUAAAACGGGCAGGGCAGGAUCCCAGGAAGAAAGAGAAAAGGAUUUCUGAGAUUUAUCUUCGUGUGCCCUUCAAACUAGACCAGCCGCAAAUUCAUUGGAAUAAGGUGGGUCGGUGAAUAUAGCAAAUAGGAAUAGACGGGGUAUUUAGAAACUGGCAAUUAAAGAUAAAUAGAGCGAUAUAAACAGGGGCAAUUGGAGAUAAACGGGGAUAUAAACAGCGGCAAUUGGAGAUAAAUAGGGGAUACAAACAGGGCAAUUGGAAGUAAAUAGGGCGCUAUAAACUGAGGCAAUUGGAGAUCGGGGGAUAUAAUUAGGGACAAUUGGAGAUAAACAGGGGGAUAUUGGAGAUACAUAGGACAUAACAUUAAAUGGACAAUUGAAGAUAAAUGGGAUAUAAACAGGGGCAAUUGGAGAUAAAUAGGGGGAUAUAGAAACGGGGUAAAAUAGACAAUUUCGACCGAAACUGAAACAAAUUAAUCAAUUGAAAUAAAUCGAGUAAACUGAUCAAGUCAAUUGUUGCUGAAAUUGGAUUCUCAACAAUCUGCCCGUUGCAAAAACAUAAAGUCACUUCAACAGAGUGAGUCUGGAUUCUGUCUCCCUGGAAAAGGCAGAAUUUUUCCGUCGGGAAUCAUGUCAUCUUUCGGGAAAUACACUCACGCCAUCGUCAGGGGCGUCCCGGCCACAGUGGGGCAGAAAGACCUGGAGCAGCAGGAGAGGAGGGAAGGAGAGAAGGAAGUCUCCGAGCUCGACACGGCCAAACUGCAGCGACAGCUCGGGGUUUACACCGGCAUCUUGAGGCAGAAGCUGGGCUUACAGGUGAUCGAGCUGCCGGCGUCCCAGGAGCCCGGGCUGCCUCACAGUCUGUGUGUGGAGGAUAUUGUGGUGGUUCAGGGGGACACUGCACUAAUCACCCGGCCUGGGAACCCCGUCAGGAGGAAAGAGGUGGAGACAGUGAAGAAUGUUCUGGAAGAGCUGAAGCUACGUGUGUUCGAGGUGACGGAUGAGAAAGCCACACUUGAUGGCAGUGAUGUCUUCUUCACUGGACGCGAAUUCUUCGUUGGGAUCUCGAAAUGGACCAACCACAAAGGGGCAGAAUAUGUGGCGAACACAUUCAAGGAUUUUACUGUCUCCAUCGUGCACAUUCCCGAACCCCAUCAUUUGAAGAGUUUCUGCAGCAUGGGAGGCCCCAGCACCAUUAUCAUCGGCAAUAGUGAAGCUGCUCAAAAGGCUAUCAAGGCAAUGGAGCAGCUAACGGAUUAUCAAUACGACAAACUGAGCGUGCCGGAUGACGCUGCAGCCAAUUGCAUCUAUGCACGAGUUGGCAAUAAGAGCAACAUCCUGGUCCAUCGGACAGCGGAUGAGUUUCCAGAAAGUUAUAAGGCCUUCAAGAAGCUUCCGGACUACACGUUGAUCCCAGCCUCCUGCACGGAAGUGGCCAAACUGGGAGCAGCCUUGAGCUCGUGCUCCAUCCUAAUCAAUAAGAAGUUUGAAUACUAGAUUCAGUUGGGGGUGCCCUCUUGCACCCCCCCACCCCUGCCUUAAUUCCAUGGUGGAAUAGAAUAGAAAUGGCUCUGAUUUGAUGGAUGCCUGGAGUAUGAGGGAUACACUGGAAUAUUUGGAUCAGGGACAAUCUCCCCCCACCCCCCCCACCCACCCAAAUCCCAGAAAUGAAGUUGGAUUAUUUUUAUAUAGGAGACUAGGGACUGAACUUACCUUCAAUGUAAUCAGGAGCCUGAUGUGCAGAGCAAAGCUGUUUAUUGUGAGAGAUUUCAGAUGGUAAGCCUACCAGCAACGCAUAAUACACUCAGUAUUACUGCAGCCGCACUGGCUCUAAUCUGAGGAGCAAACAUUUUGUUCUCCAGUUUCCACCCAAUGUUCUAAGCAGGGACUGAGAUGUCUCCUCAUCCCACUCCCUGAAAUCCUGGAUCCUCUCCUACACUUGGAUCUCCUUUUGUGUGGUUUUUUUUUUUCUAGGAUUUAUGUUUGAUUCCUGAUCCAGAUAUUGAUGAAUCUUGGCAUGAAUGAGAUCUCCCUAAUUCUGUAAGAGCUUCUGAGAACAGACCUUGAUCCCCCCUCUCAUCCCAGUUUUCUCCCAAGUGUUUGGUUCUUCCUGGGAAAAUUACCCAGGACGCCAGCAUGCCUUGUGUUUUUGUUUUCCAGUCUGAGGCUGGUUGGGCUGAAUCUGGCUUAAAUAUCCUGGGAGGAAUAGACAAAAUGUCAAAUUCCUGAAACUAGGAGUCAUCCACACCCAGCUGUGGUCAAACCCACUGACUUAAUCCAGCAUUGAAAGCAUGUGAGGAACAUUUCACAAUUAACAGUCUUCUAACAUUAUAGAAACUUCUUGAACACAAGACAAAUGUCCAACCUUCAACCCCCCUUCCCCCAAACCUCUCUUUUACGUAUCAAUCACUCAGCAGCUCAUCUCACUGAUAUUAUACUUAAAAUGUAUGAGUGGGGAAAGUCGCAUUAAAUUAGGUAAUGCAUUUGGAAACUUGGGUGAUUUUCUCAAAUCAGGGGAUUUGGAUGGGGAGGAGUCAUCUUGGGAUAUUUAGUUCAUUCAGGGAACAACCUUUUAGUGACAGCUAAUGUCUGUUUAUUUUAACCAGGGUAGACCCUGUGCUAAAAUAAAGGGAAGAUGUGGGGGCUCUUUGCCCCCUCCCCUGCAACCACAGCUCUCUAAAAGUAAAUCGACAUUCUAAGAAACGGCUAUUGCAGUAAAGAGAGGGAAUUACCUUUUUUGUAUUCGGAAUUUCUGCCCUUGUUGAGCAUUUACUUUCAAAUUGGCCUCUUUGGAUGUACGACUGGCUUGUAACAGAAGACUGGGGCAGCUUUGAAAACAGGCAACUGAUUUCCAAUGCCCGUUUUGCACCCGGGUAAAUUUUCAAUUUGACACCUAAAGUCCUGCAGUCAAGACACCACAAAUCUGGGGUUGGAAGGGCAUGUAGUGGCCACUGCAGGGAGUAAGUUGGCGCUGAUGCUGCUUGCAGCAGCUUUGUUAGUCCCUUUGUGCAACUGCACCAUCUAGAGUUGGAAAGUAAUAUUGCAGAAGAACAGACAAAAGGUCAACUUUCUUGGCCCCUCUUUGACUCCUUUUUUUCAUAUUGCUUGUUUUAAUUGUCACUGUUACUAAGUCAUUAGAAUUUGAGGAAUUUCCUUUUAAUAGGAUCAGUCCUGUGAAUGCUGCACUCCUUACUCUGGACACAACCCGUGUCAUCUGGCUGUGCUUUGUGUCUCUCACAAUAUGAUUGAGAACAUUCUUGGUGCCAGAUUUUUUACACAUGGAUACAAGUAAUUUUUGUGGUGCAGAGACAAUUUAACAUUGUUCAGUAUAAAUGGAUCCUUCCUGUUUUGAAUCUUUGCAACAGUAGUAAUAUGGAUCCGGUUUUUUGUUCAUCAGAUCCCUAAGGAGAGAAUUCACUGGGCCUUUCAUUUUAGUGCCCCAGCCUUUAGUGGUCAUGUCCUUUUGAUCCUAAAUCAAUGGAUAUUGACUGGCUGUCUUGUGGGAAAUGCCCACACCCGUUAUUUCCUGCAGAGGGCACUGUAUAGUGAGCUCCAAUGAGAAUGCUGGCUUGUCUAUUUUCCCCAGCUGUCAGAUUUGAUUGGCCGAUUGCAGAACUUCCCAAUUAAUGCCCUAUCUGAAAUUAUCAGUGUGGAGAGAAAAAAAUGUUCAUCAACCUUUGCAUAUUUGUCCCAUGGAAGAUGAGCUACACACAUUGAAAGAUUGGGUGGGUGUGUGUGUGUCUCUCUCUCUCUCUCUUUCUCUUCCUUCUCCCCAGCACAGUAAUUUAGUGAAUAGCCGUCCGAUAGAUCAGUUCAGUUUGUCCAUGCCUCUGUCCUUCAUGAUGUCUAAUCCACUUCCAGUGUGUUACCUCAUCCCAAUCGUCCCUGGAUUGGGAUCGAUGUGUUUGGAGCCAAAUCACUUGGUGCUUUUUAUUUCUGAUGCCAUAAAAUCCAGCUUUUGUACUGCGUCUCCUUUGUAAGUGACUCUUCUGACUGAAUAAAAUUGAGAAUCUGCCUCAA